AUGAUACCGUUGGGAGACAUGAUGUUGUCAACUAGGUGGUUACAGUCUGCACCUAUAACGAUAGAGGGCAGGGAGUGUCCGAUAGACCUUAUAGAACUAAAUAUACCAUACUAUGAUGCCAUGCUUGGCAUUGAUUGGUUAUCCAAACAUGGAGCGAAAAUUGACUGUCAGAAAAAGACUAUGGAAUUCAGACCGGAAGAAGGAGGGCUCUUUUCUUUUAAAGGAGAAGUAGUGGCUUUUCGUACACCCAUAAUAUCGGCACUGGAAGCACGAAAUAUGAUGCAACAUGGCUGUUCCGCAUUUCUGGCUAGUAUGGUGGAUAAAUCCAUGGAGACAGAGUUGAAACUAGAGAAUGUUCAUAUCAUCUGUGAGUUUCCGGAAGUGUUUCCCGAGGAAUUACCAGUAUUACCCCCGGAUAGAGAAAUCAAAUUCAUGAUCGAACUUUCACCAGGAACAACACCGAUCUCUAAAGCACCCUAUCAAAUGGCACCUACAGAGUUGAAGGAACUCAAGAACUAG